AACUACACUUCAAUUUCAACGAGGCAGGAACCCACGUGUCCUGCUACCAGGGAAGCAGCACCAGACCUGAAACAGCAAGGGGACAUUUGUGUGUAUACAUGAUAGAUAAAAGCUCCACAAAUACUCCCUUUGACUGAACUCUUUCCCCUAUUACAUUCAAGGACACUUUUCCACCAUGUCUUCGUUCAGGAAAGCGCUGAAAUCCCGACAGAAAAACCACCAUGAAAGAUCUCAGCCUGGUUUUAGGAAAAAUUUGGGAUUGCUGGAGAAGAAGAAGGACUACAAACUUCGAGCAGAUGAUUACCACAAGAAGCAAAACACUCUUGCAGCUCUACGAAAGAAAGCUCUGGACAAGAAUCCAGAUGAGUUUUAUCAUAAGAUGAUCAGCUCUCAGCUGGAGGAUGGAGUUCAUGUUGCAAAAAAAGAGAAGGAGGAGGAGGAGGUGACGGAAGAGCAGAAGAAAAUGAUGAGGACGCAGGAUAUCAAAUAUGUGGAGAUGAAAAGAGUUGCAGAAGCUAAGAAAAUUGAGAGGCUAAAAGGAGAGCUUCAUCUUCUGGAUGCAGACAGCAAACAAAAAAACAAGCAUACGUUUUUUGUUGAUACCAAGAAAGAAGUGGUAUCAUUUGACCUGGCGAACCACCUGAACACGGCUCCUGAGCUGCUGGACAGAGUGUACAACAGACCAACUCUGGAAACUCUGGAGACUAAGGUCAUCAAGGCAGCUGCAGAACCUGAAACUGUGAAGAAGUUGGCCCGGCAGAGGAAGCACCAGUAUAAGAUCCUCUCUCAGAGGAUAGACAGAGAGAAGAAAAUGUAUGUGAUCAGCCAGAAGAUUCAGACUCGUAAAGACCUACAGGAUAAGACAAAGAAAGUGAGGGUAAAGAGGGAAACAACAGGUGCAGCAGCAAUCUACAAGUUUGAGGCCAGGAGGAAACGCUGAAAGGGAACCAAUCAUCAUACCAAGAAGAAAUUGCUAACUUUGCAAAGAUAUACUGGUGAAAUAAUGGACCUCUAGAUCACAGUAUUGCAUAUAUCUAUGAGUUUGAAUAUCGUUGCAACAUUGCGGUUUUGUAAAUACACCUAUGAAUUAUAGUUUCUUUCAAAUAAAUAUCAAUUUCAAUAUAAAAAUA